AAGCCAAAAGCCAAAAUAAAAAAUCGCACUCGUUUUUAUUGGGUCCGUUUUUAUUCGCCCGCAGUCGGAUUUUUUUGCAGGACGUGAAUCCUCUUUAGUAAUAGUAAAAGAUACCGCAUAUUCGUCUUUCCAUUUUGAAAUCUGUGUUGAUGUAAACGGCCAACCUGCAUCAAAAUCUGGAAUCCAAACAGUUCUUAGUUUCUGCGUUUGCUUAGUUCUGCUGGUAGUCUCUGCUGGUAGUGUUGCAUAGAAGCUGCAAUGGUUUCUCCCCGGAGUAAGAGUCAUCAGAGUGCCAGCGGAGCGCCAGGCAGGGCAUUCCAGUCCGAAGAUAGCUGUGAUUCCCAAAACACGCCAUCAUCCUGCAGUUCGGAUUGUGCCAACAAAGAGCGCACCAACGAUAGUGCCAAGAUGAACUCGACAUCCUACACCUGCCUAUGGCAUGAAUGCAAUUUUCUUGCGGACGAACCGGACGUCUUCUUUAAUCAUCUGCAGAACCACGUGCAGGCCAACCUUAAGGGACCGUGCCGUUGGGAUACCUGCAGUGUGAGCAAUAAUCGUCAGACGCGCCAUGAAUCGCGCUUCAUGGAGCACCACAUCAAAACGCACAUGCCGAAGAAACAGUUUCGAUGCCUGAUUAAUCCCUGCAAUAAGGCGUUUGAUACUCCGGACGAACUAACCAACCAUAUGUUCAACCAUCCUAAGCCAAAGAAGAAUGAUCGGCCUGAUUACAAGCUGGACGAUCCUUUAGCUGGACAGUUUCGCUCGUCACUCAUCGCGUCGCUGGGUACUGCGGCGGAGCAGCAGCGAAGAAACCGAACCCUUGAACUGCAACAGUAUUUGCGCGAAAUGGGGAUUAUAUAUACAGCGCAUCUGAAUGAGUAUUACGUGAAAGUGCACCUGGUGCCUGUAAAGACUUCGGAAGGACCAAGGUACAAGGUUCACUUCCCUUUCGCACCGGCUUGGAUCAAGGAUAUCACGAUCGAAUGUGCACUGGAAACCGAAGGAACCGAAACGAUCGUCUAUGAACUGGCGCUAUCGAAUUCCAUAUUUAAAGAGCAGCUCCGGUGGUUUGUAAAGAAAAUCCAAGCGACGAUGGAGUCCGGAAAUGCGAAUGUGAUUUGACAAAUGUCAAAUAGAAAACAAAACAAAUGUCAAAAUUAGAUAGGGAUUGACAUUUUCUGAUUUCGUGCAUUGCAUCAUAGCAAGGCUGUCGUUGCCCUUUUUCACUGUCAUUUUCAUUCUGAAUUCGAGUUCCUGACUGGCCAAGGGUUCGUUUGUUGUCUGGCGUGACUGGCCCAAUUUUGUUGCACCUUUUUUUGCUAGUGUCGCUAAGGGAAUCAUUUUGCUGUGUUGAACAAUGCUGUCUAUGCAAACCCUUUUCUUCUAUGCGAAAAGGGGUCGAGCCACUGCCAACUGCGUUGACAGUUUCAGUAUUUUACAUAACUGUACAGAAAUCAAUCGAUAAUACAAGUUAACAAAAUCCAACU